AUGUUAGCUUCAUCCAUUGCUUUAGUUCUUGGGCUCCAAAUUGUAGAUGCCACACCUUACGCGGUGCCAUAUUUUGGCAAAUUCUUCCACGGUCAAAGAAUCUCAGCUGACUCUUCAUCAGAGGGUGAUACAUAUCCAGUUAAAGAUUGUUCCAGCUUCAUCGAAAACACUCCCAACUCCUGGUCUUGUCACAACACUUCUGUCAUUUCAGCCGAUGAUCAAUGUUGCUUUGAAGAUUAUGGAAUAUUAUUACAAACCCAGUUUUGGGAUUUCAACACCACAUUGUUGGGUUUGGCUGUCAAUGGUUCAACUCAGGAAGUGCUUGAAGCAGAGGUCAGAAGUAAGAUUGAGGCAUUUGAUGAUGACAUUAAGUCCACAUUUACCAUUCACGGAUUGUGGAAUGACCUCUGUAAUGGGUCAUACAACCAGUAUUGUCAACCAGAUUGGGAAGUCAGCAAUACCAAGGAUAAUCUUACAUACCUCAUUGGUGACAAGUUUGACAAACCAGAGUUGUUGAAGAUUAUGAAGAAAUAUUGGAUUAAUACGCUCAAGUCCAAUGUUGAAGACCAGGCCAGUGUGGCAUUAUGGGAGCACGAGUAUAAUAAGCAUGGUACUUGCAUGAACACAUUGCUGCCAUCUUGUUUUGUUGGUGACUAUCAAGAGUUUGAAAAUGCAAUCGACUUUUACCAAAAGACUGUAGAAAUAUGGUCACAACUUGAUACUUUCCAAUUUUUGUCCACUGCAGGUAUUAUUCCUACAGUCACAAGACAAUACAAAUUGAGUGAUGUUGAAGCUGCUUUACAAGAAGCUCAUGGCGCUUCUGUUUAUGUUGGAUGCUUAAAUAAUUCAAUUAGUGAAAUAUGGUAUUAUCAUAAUUUACAAGGAAGUGUUUUGACAGGAACUUACAAACCAAUUGAUUCGUUAACAAACAGCACAUGUGAAGAAGAUAUUUGGUAUCUUCCAAAGUAA